AUUUGAGGCACCACAAUGAAAGACACAGCAAUCCUGAUUACGCUGGCGGUUGUCUGCCUGGCGGGCUGCGCGGCAGGAAACAUUGUCCUCACAUGCCACAGCUGCGAGGGCGCCGAGUGCCAGAGCAGCUUUCUUCAGAAGGAGCAGGUCUGCGCGGACUCCCUGGACUACUGUGAGACCAUCUUCAAUGAAGCCCAGGUCCUGUACAAGGGCUGCUCUCUGGAGAUCCCUAGCUCGUUGCGGGCACGCAGCGCCGAUCCCCAAUCCUCCCACAAGUGCAACACAAAUCGCUGCAAUACUUUGGGCUCGGCAAAGUAUGCCUGCAUCCAGUGCGACUCCAGCAAGGACUCCAAUUGUGCUGAGAAUGCCGACACCUUGCAGGCCACUCGCUGUGCCGCUCCGACUGCCCCCAACUCUUACUGCUACGUGAAGUCCUCGGGCAGCACGACCCAGCGCGGCUGCUCCACCACGGAGAUCGACCAGCAGAGCUGCCUGGGGGAUGCCAACUGCCUUCUGUGCUCCCCGGGCGACAUCCGGAACUGCAAUGCCGUCAACAUUUCCACAGCAUCCAGCGCUGGCAAUCGUUUCACUCGCUCUCUAAGAUAACUUCCCGAUUAAAUAUGCAUUUUUUCGUAUAAUUAAAGAGAUUUAAAUAAAGUCUAUAUCAAAUUUCUGGUA